GAGGGGAGGCCUAGAAGGAGGUGAGCAGAGAGCCGGGAUUCGGGACGGCGAGAAGCUGAGCAAAGCCAGUGGGAAUGAAGAGCCUUCCUGUCCUGCUGCUGUGUGUGGCAGCUUGCUCGGCCUAUCCAUUGGAUGGAGCUGAAAAAGGCAAGGACACCAGCAUGGACCUCGUUCAGAAAUAUCUGGAAAACUACUACAACCUCCCAAAAGAUGCGAGACAAUUUGUGAGAAGAAGGGACAGUGGUCCUGUGGUUAAAAAGAUCCAAGAAAUGCAGAAGUUCCUCGGGUUGGAGGUGACGGGGAAGCUGGACUCUGCCACUAUGGGGAUGAUGCACAAGCCCAGGUGUGGCGUUCCCGAUGUCGGUGGCUUUAGUACCUUCCCUGGCAUGCCGAAGUGGAAGAAAACUCACCUUACUUACAGGAUUGUGAAUUAUACUCCAGAUUUGCCAAGAGAUGCUGUUGAUUCUGCCAUUGAGAAAGCUCUGAAAAUCUGGGAGGAGGUGACUCCACUCACAUUCUCCAAGAUACAUGAAGGAGAGGCUGACAUCAUGAUCUCUUUUGCAGUUAGAGAACAUGGAGACUUUAGUCCUUUUGAUGGACCUGGACAAGUUUUGGCUCACGCCUAUCCACCUGGGCAGGGGAUUUAUGGAGACGCUCACUUCGAUGAUGAUGAGCAAUGGACAAAGGACUCAGCAGGGACCAAUUUAUUCCUCGUUGCUGCUCAUGAACUUGGCCACUCCCUGGGUCUCUUUCACUCGACCAACACUGAAGCUCUGAUGUACCCGCUCUACAAGUCAUUCACGGACCUGGCCCAGUUCCGCCUUGCUCAGGAUGAUGUGGACGGCAUCCAGUCUCUCUAUGGGCCUCCACCUGCUUCUCCUGAUAAUCCCAUAGUGCCCACGGAAUCUGUCCCUUCAGGAUCUGAGACACCAGCCACGUGUGAUCCCACUUUGUCCUUCGACGCAGUCAGCACUCUGAGGGGAGAAGUCCUGUUCUUUAAAAACAGGCAUUUUUGGCGCAAAUCCCUCAGGACACCUGAACCUGAAUUUCAUUUGAUCUCUUCAUUUUGGCCAUCACUUCCUUCGAACCUGGAUGCUGCAUGCGAAGUUACUAGCAGGGAUACUGUUUUUCUUUUUAAAGGAAAUCAGUUCUGGGCCAUCCGAGGAAAUGAGGUACUGGCAGGUUACCCAAGAGGCAUCCACACCCUGGGUUUCUCUCCAACAGUGAAGAAAAUCGAUGCAGCCAUUUCUGAUAAGGAAAAGAAGAAAACAUACUUCUUUGUAGAGGACAAAUACUGGAGAUUUGACGAGAAGAGACAGGCUAUGGAGCCAGGCUUUCCCAAGAAGAUAGCUGAAGACUUCCCAGGGGUUGAACCAAAGGUUGAUGCUGUUUUUGAAGCAUUUGGGUUUUUCUACUUCUUCCGUGGAUCUUCACAGCUGGAGUUUGACCCAAAUGCAAAGAAAGUAACCCAUACCUUGAAGAGUAACAGUUGGUUUAACUGUUAGGCAAGUUGUGGAGUGGAAAAAUAUGGGCAUUUUAAAUGAAGAUAGUACUUCUUCACCUAAGUCUUUGUGAAUGGAAGUGGUUGUUCUGGGAUGGAGAAGCCGAGUGUGAACUGGGUGUCAAGCCAUCACCUUCACUAUCCCGGGGCAUUCAGACAAGCUGCUGCUUGGCUUGCACAUUGUCAUGUGGAGUGCGUUUCCACAGGGGGAGAGAGAGGCACUCACGUGCAACAGAUAAGAGACUGUACUUAUGUAGACUAUUUGCUUGUUAUUUAAUAAAGGCUGUUUGUCAGUUAUUUUA